AUGUCAAACGAUAUUCUGGGACCUUUACCUUUCAAUUCAUGUGCUGCUAUAUAUAACGAAGAUGUUGAUAUAAUUCAUACGUUUUCAAGUCACUGUGAUAAACCUGCGACUAUGUCAAAUGAUAUUUUGGGACCUUUGUCCUUCGAUUCAUGUGCUUCAACAUAUGUAAUCUAUAUGUCUUCAAGUCGCUGUGAUAAACCUAUACCUAUGUCAAAUGAUAAUUUGGGACCUUCACUUUUCGAUCCUUGUACAUAUGAGGAAGAAGAAAUAAACCUUACGUCUACAAGUUGCAACAAUAAACCCGUGACUAUCACAAAUAAUAUAGAAUCUUCGCUUUUUGAUUCAUAUGCUUAUACAUAUAGUGAAGAUGUAAAUCAUAUGCCUCCAAGUUGCAGUGAUAAACCCAUGACUAUAUCAAAUGAUAUUUUGGAAUCUUUGCUUUUUAAUUCAUAUACUUAUACAUAUGGUGAAGGAGAUAGUAAAUUAGCACUUACUU